CUCAAAUUCUUUGCUAGAUUAAAAGGUGCUUACUGUCAGGUGUGCUGAACCCCGGUAUUUCUGAUAUCACACUCAUCUAUUUCCUCUUUCCUCAGGACUGAGAAAGGGGACAUGUGGCAGAGGAAUCAGACCUCUCUGGCAGACUUCAUCCUUGAAGGGCUCUUUGAUGACUCUCUCACCCAUCUUUUCCUUUUCUCUUUAACCAUAGUGGUCUUCCUUAUUGCGGUGAGUGGCAACAUGCUCACUAUUCUCCUCAUCUGUGCUGAUGCUCGGCUUCAUACACCCAUGUACUUCCUGCUCAGCCAGCUCUCCCUCAUGGAUCUGAUGCAUGUCUCCACAACCAUCCCCAAGAUGGCUACCAACUACCUAUCUGGCAAGAAGACCAUCUCCUUUGUGGGCUGUGCAACCCAGCACUUCCUGUAUUUGUCUCUGGGUGGUGCUGAGUGUCUUCUCUUAGCUCUCAUGUCUUAUGACCGCUAUGUUGCCAUCUGUCAUCCACUUCGCUAUACUGUUCUCAUGAGCAGAAAGGUGGGACUGAUGAUGGUGGUCAUGUCGUGGUUGGGAGCAUCCAUAAACUCUCUAAUUCACACAGUGAUCUUGAUGCACUUACCUUUCUGUGGGUCUCGAAAAAUCCACCACUUCUAUUGUGAGUUUCCAGCUAUUUUGAAGUUGGUGUGUGGAGACAUCACUGUAUAUGAGACCAUAGUGUACAUCAUCAGCAUUGUACUUCUCCUCCUCCCCACCCUCUUCAUUUCUACAUCGUAUGCCUUCAUUCUCCACAGUGUCAUUCAGAUGCGUUCAGCUGGGAGUAAGAGAAAUGCUUUUGCCACUUGUAGCUCUCACCUCAUUGUGGUUUCCUUUUGGUUUGGUGCCUGCAUCUUCUCAUAUAUGAGGCCCAGAUCCCAGAGAACUCCACUGCAAGACAAAGUUGGUUCUGUGUUCUAUAGCAUCAUUACUCCUACCCUGAAUCCUUUGAUUUAUACUCUCCGGAAUAAGGAUGUAGCCAAGGCUCUGAGAGGAGUGAUGGGGAGGGAGAUUCUCACUCAGAGAUGGCAAUUGCAGUUAUCCUGAGUAUAAGAGUGGAAUGGGGGGUGCUGGGUGGCUCAGUCAGUUAAGCCUCUGACUCUUGAUUUCAGUUUAGGUAAUGAACUCACGGUUCAUGAGAUUGAGCCCUGU